AAUUCCCAAAAGUUGUUCUCUUAUUUUUUCAGAACAAAGAACAAAAAAGUUGUUGUGUAUGAAGCUUUUCUGAAUAUAUAUAUCAAUUGCCAUUUUCUCCUUAGUACUAAAUAAAAAAAAUGGAGUUCCCUUGGUAUUCUGUUGUUGUUCCUCUGUUUGUUUUCCUUUUCUUUCUUCAUAACUGCUUAUUUACCAUUUUUAAUAAUAACAAAAAAUUGCCACCAUCUCCAAGAAAGCUCCCAAUCAUAGGAAAUUUGCAUCAACUUGGGUUGCAUCCUCACCGUUCUCUCCAUAAACUAUCGGAAAAAUAUGGUCCAGUCAUGCUACUUCACUUGGGCAGUAAGCCAGUUGUUGUUGCUUCCUCUGUCGAUGCUGCUCGCGAUAUCUUGAAAACUCAUGAUCUCGUAUGGUCAACCAGACCAAAAUCUAGCAUCGCUGACGGACUCUUUUAUGGAUCCAAAGGUGUGGCCUCUAGUAAUUAUAGUGAAUACUGGAGACAAGUUAGAAGUGUCAUCGUGCUUCACCUUCUCAGCAACAAAAGAGUCCAAUCUUUUCGUGAUAUCAGAGAAGAAGAAGUAUCAAACAUGAUUGAUGAAAUCAGGAAAAGGUGUACUCGUUCUUCGAAUUCAGUGAUAGAUAUGAGAGAUGUUUUAAGUUGUAUGACUAGUACCAUAAUCAGUAGAGUGACCAUAGGAAGGACAUACAAUGAAGGGGAAACUGGAAUAGCUGUUAAGGGUCUCAUAGAAGAACUUCUUGCACUUUUAGGUACUUUUAACAUUGGGGAGUAUAUUCCAUGGCUUAUAUGGCUCAAUAAAAUCAAUGGUCUAGACAACAGAGAGAAGAAAGUAGCUAAAGAUUUGGAUGCAUUUCUAGACAGCGUGAUUGAAGAACGCUUGAUUAGAAACAACAAAGGAGAAUAUAAUAGAACGGGUGAAGCUAAAGAUUUCGUGGAUGUUUUGCUGGAAAUUCAGAAUGGAAAGGAAACUGGCUUUCCUCUUCAAAGGGAUUCAUUGAAAGCUAUUCUCUUGGACUCAUUUAUUGGUGGCGUGGAUUCAAUGUAUACAACUUUAGAGUGGAUAAUGAUAGAGCUUUUAAGGAAUCCAAGAGCCAUGGAGAAAUUACAGAAUGAAGUGCGAGGAUUAGUCCAAGGGAAAGCAGAGAUAACAGAAGAUGACUUAGGAAAUAUGCAGUAUCUGAAAGCAGUGAUCAAAGAGAGUCUCAGGCUUAAUCCACCGUUUCCAAUACCAGUUCCACGAGAAUCAAUGGAAGACGUAAAAUUACUAAACUAUGACAUACCUGCUAAAACUCAAGUUCUUAUUAAUGUUUGGGCAAUCGGAAGAGACCCAUUAUUAUGGGAUGAACCAGAGGAGUACCAGCCUGAGAGAUUCUUGAAUAGUGAUAUUGAUUUCAAAGGACUAAACUUUGAGUUGAUUCCGUUCGGAGCUGGCAGGAGGGGUUGCCCAGGAAUUCCUUUUUCUAAUGUGAUAAUUGAGCUAGCAUUAGCACGGCUUGUGCACAAAUUCAAUUUUACAUUACCACAAGGAAUGAAAAAAGAGGAUUUGGAUAUGAGUGAAUGCACUGGCAUCUCCAUUCGCAGGAAAUUACCUUUACUAGCAGUGGCAACUCCGUGCGGUAUAUAGUUUUUUUUUCUCCUUCCAUUUCUUAUUAUGCCAUAAAAUAUAUUAAGUACUAAACUACUAACAAUUCGAAACCCACUGGAAAGGGCAUUGCAAGAGAAUUCAAUGUAUGUAUGAAGUGUACUAGUUGCCUCAUUU